AUGACUUCUUUUUUCCGUAAACGGGUCAAUUCAUUAUUACGAACAUCUAUAUGGUCAUCAUCAAAAGACUCAACAAAUGAUAUUUUUAUAGAUGAACAGAUAUAUUUUAAAAAACAUCUUGAGGAAAAUCAUCAUGAUACUGAUAUAUCUGAUAUCAUCAAUGAAUGGGUUAUAAAUUGUAAAAGUAAAAAAAAUAACCCAAUGCCAGAGAUAUAUUCAGGAAAGACAGGUUUAGAUAUACCAGUUAUAAAUUUAGAUAAUUUUUCAUUAAAAAUAAAAGCAUCAUAUACUGGUCCUGAUGGUGGAUUAACUAGAGUUCGAGAACAAAAAGAGCAACCAAUUGUAAAUAUGGCAAAUUUGGAUGAUGAGUUAUGUUUAUCUAUUGAUGGAAAUUCUAUUAAUGAAUGGAAUGAUGAACCAAUAAGUGAAAAAAGACAUUGUAAAGAUUAUCGUUUAGCACACCUAGAAUCACUUGGUUUUCAUCCUGGUCGUGAAUCACCAAUUAACAAUACAAAUGAAUUUGAUUGGAAUGUUUUUGAUGAUAAAAGAGCAUAUGGUGCAUCUAUAUCAUUAUAUGAAACAAAUCCAAUAACAGGAAAAAAUGCUGGAUCACCAAUUGCUGAUGUUUUUGGAAUUGUGGCACGUGAAAAUAAUUGUAUAAUGGCACUUGCAGAUGGAGUAAAUUGGGGUGAAGGUGCACAACUUGCAGCAAGAUGUGGAGUUAGAGGUGCAAUUGAUCAUAUUAACAAACAUCUUGAAAAUAAUGUGUUUCGAACAACAAAUGAUAUAUUUCAUUGUUUACUUGGAGCAUUUCAUGCUGGACAUGCAUUAAUAUUACAAGAAGGUGGUUCAUUAACAACACUUUGUGUAUCUGUUAUAGCACCUGUAAAAAAUAGUUCAACAUUUGUUUUAUGUGUAUGUAAUGUUGGUGAUUCUCUUUGUUUUGUACAAAAUCCACAAUAUGGUGUCCGUGAAAUAACAUUAGCAUCACAUGACAUUAGUUUAAUGAGAGAUAUGCGUGAUGCGGGUGGAGCAUUAGGUCCUGUUGAUGGAAGAAAUCCACAAUUACAUAAUUUGACAUGUUCAAUGACAUUUGUUGAGGAGGGUGAUAUUGUUUUUAUAACAUCUGAUGGUGUUAGUGAUAAUUUUGAUCCAGUUGUUGGUAAAUUUUGUACAAUUAAAAAAGAAGAAAUAUUAAAUAAUAAGUCAAAAGAAAAUGUAUCAUUAACAAGUCAAUUAAAAAAUAGUAUACAAAAUUCAUUUCCACCAUUAUUAAAAAAAAUUCCUUUACGUUGUAGUGCAACAUUACCAUGUAUUGAUGCUAAACAACGCCAUGAAUUAAUGUUAUUACGUAUGUCAUCUGUUGCAAAAAAUGGUUGUGAUGGAAAAAAUUGUGAUAAUAGUGAUAUGAUAGAAGUAGAAAUUAAUAAUUUAACAGCAAAAUCAUUAUGUCAAAACUUUUUACAAUUUGCUCAUAAAUUAACAGAAGUUAAAAGAAAAACAUUAGAAGAUCCUGAAUUAUAUAGAAUUAGAAAUACAUAUACAAAAAGUGAGGAAAGAAUUAGGAGACGUUUAAUUAAAGAUAUGAUUAUGCAAAUGCCUGGUAAAUUAGAUCAUAGUUCAAUAGUAGCAUAUAAAGUUGGUGAAUGGGAUGGUAAUUUAAAAGUUAAAACUAAAUUUGAAUGUAUUGGUAAUGAUUCAAGUGGAAUAUCAUCUGGAUCAUCUAAUAAAUCUACUGUAUCACCUGGAUCAUCAUUUACUUCAUCAAGAGAAAAUAUACCAAUUAAUGAUAAUAUUAUUAUACCAAAAUUAAAUAAUAUAAGUAAUAGUAGUAAUAUUAAAAUAUUACAAAAUAUUAAACAAAAAAUGUCAAUUGAUGUUGAUUUAAUAGUUGAUAGUUAUACAAAUUUAAAAAUUCUUAAUGAUAAUACUCCAACAUUAAAAAGUCCUUAUGAAGAACAACCAAUAAUUUCAAAAGAUCUCUUCUCUGUAACAUCUAAACCACCAGUUAAUCAAGGAUUGGUAAAUUCAAACGUAUCAAAGACAAAAGAAUCAUCUAAAGGUAAAAUAAAAGCUCCUCGCAAACAUAGAAGAAAUUCACUUACAAGGCAUACUCUCGGUGUUGAUGUAACCUGGUUUAAAAAACUUGUUAUUCCUUCAAUAGGAUCACUAACCUCAAAAAAUAAUGAUAAAACAAAAAAAAAUGAACAAAAUAACGAAAGUAAUGAUAAUGAUGCAUUUAAAUAUAAUCAACCGAUUAUAAGAGAUGACACUUCCUGUGAUCAUAGAUUUUCAAUAAGAAGAAAAUUAAAAAAAAUGGUUAAACAUAAGAAUUGUUCUCCAGAAUCCUCACCAACAAAUAGUAGUUAUUCAGAUGAAAUUGAAAUAAUUCUCUAA